AUGAGCACCGUCAUGCCCACUCCAAACGGCACCGACCUGCACGCCUUGCUCGGCCUGUCGCCCUCGUCGCCUCGUCUGGCCGCCUUCCUCUCGCGCGUCGAGCCCGACGACAACAGCUGUCCACCGCCAGAGGUCAAGGCCUACGCCGACAUUGUCUACCUCAACUACCGCCACAUCGGCCUCUCGCUCUCGUUCGAGCCCUUGCCCCCCUUGCGCCCCUCGUCCUCGUCCACCCUCGACGACCUGCGCCGCGAGGGCGACAACGGCCGCCUCAAGUGCACCGGCCUCGACCUGUACAACCACGACGACGCUGCACGUGCACGCCCACCCGACGACAAGAAAAAGGCCCCGCGACAGCGUCCAGACGACCGCUGGGAGCCCUUUCCGGCGUACCCGGUCCUCCUCCCCGCCUCGUCCUCGCCGUCCUCCUCCGCCGCUCCUCCCUCAACUGCCUCAUCCCCACCCAGCACCGACGACACCGCAUCUCCCGCCGCCACCGCGCCCACCUCGCACCUCCCCUUCCCGCUCCAGCCCUCGACGACCGGCGCCGCCCUCCUCACCCACUUCGGCGAGCCCACCCGCAAAGGCGGCGGGUCGUCGUCGACGCCGGGCGUCGGCAUCUGGACAGAGUGGACGCCCGAGGGCGUCAUGGUCGAGUGGGCCAGCAGCGGCCUCGGCGCGUGGGACAAGGGCGGCGAAAGCACGUGGAGGUGCUUGAGCGUCUUUGAGCCGGGCAAGCCGUCGGGAGGGGCCUGACGCAGGAGCUGCGCCGCAUACCGACCUCAAUUCUCGGCGUGCACGACGAGCUGGGCGUCGGGUCGGCCGGGACCGUCUCCUGCUCCUCGCGAGGCCGAAUCGAGGGACUGCACGUACUGGGAGAGCCGUGAGCGGCGGCCUCUCGGCGAUGACGCCGCGCCCGACUCGCUCAGCAAGACGACAGACACUCGUUCCCCAUCGAUGGCGUCGUGCGGCCCAUGUAGCAGCUGCAGCAACUCGUUUCUGACCUUCU